GAUAAAUUCAGCGAUUGCGCGAAAAUCUUGUAUAACUACAUUAAUCCGCGCACAAAUCAGCCAGCGCCGAUGGUCUCAAAGGAAUAUUUCGAUGUGGUUAUGGAGCACGCUGAGAUCCUGGACGAUGCGGUUGAUUACCAGCGUGAUUAUGAAUACACAUACUUUGGAUUUAAGACGCUGGAGCGAUCUUACCUGUUGAAAGCUAGUGGAAAAACCGCUGAGCGUCCUCAGCAGUUACUGAUGCGGGUUGCUGUGGGUAUUCAUGGGACUGACAUUGAUGCAGCCAUCGAGACGUAUGAAUAUCUUUCGCGUGGGCUCUUUACUCAAGCAUCACCGACUUUAUUUAAUGCCGGAACCCCGAAACCCCAGCUUUCCAGCUGCUUUCUGUUGACGAUGAAGGAAGAUAGCAUUGAAGGCAUUUACGAUACGCUGAAACAGUGUGCGAUGAUCUCUAAGUCUGCGGGAGGAAUCGGAUUGAAUGUCCACUGCAUUCGUGCCACGGGGUCGUACAUUGCUGGGACCAAUGGUAUUUCAAAUGGACUGCUUCCUAUGCUGCGGGUAUACAACGCCACAGCGCGCUAUGUCGAUCAAGGCGGAAACAAACGCCCUGGCGCGUUUGCAAUUUAUCUUGAGCCAUGGCAUGCGGAUGUCAUGGAUUUCUUGGAUUUACGUAAAAAUCAUGGCGCCGAGGAGCAGCGAGCGCGAGAUUUGUUCUAUGCGCUAUGGAUUCCGGAUUUGUUCAUGAAACGUGUUCAGACCAACGAGGAGUGGAGCCUAAUGUGUCCGCAUGAAUGCCCGGGAUUGGCUGAUGUAUGGGGGGAAGAGUUUGAAGCGCUGUACACCAAGUAUGAAAAGGAAGGUAAACAUAAGCGACGCAUGCCGGCCCAGAAACUGUGGCAUGCCAUCAUGGAGUCGCAAAUAGAAACUGGCACACCGUACAUGGUAUACAAGGACCACUGCAACCGCAAGUCCAAUCAGAAGAAUUUGGGAACGAUUAAGUGCAGCAAUCUGUGCACGGAAAUCGUUGAAUACAGCUCUCCGGACGAAACCGCCGUUUGCAAUCUCGGCUCCAUUGCGUUAAACAUGUUCGUUACGGAAGAUCGGAUGUACGAUUUCGAAAAGCUGAAAGAAGCAGCUAAAGUCUUGACCCGAAAUCUGAAUAAAAUCAUCGAUAUCAACUACUACCCGACACCGGAAACCAAGCGAAGCAAUAUGCGCCAUCGCCCGAUCGGUAUCGGUGUGCAAGGCCUUGCUGAUGCAUUUCUGCUAAUGCGGUACCCGUUUGACAGUCGCAAAGCAAUGGAGCUCAACAUCCAGAUCUUUGAGACAAUUUAUUACGGAGCCUUGGAAGCGAGCUGUGAAUUGGCAGAAAUGUAUGGUCCCUACGAAACUUAUCCAGGCAGUCCAGCCAGCCAAGGAAUUUUGCAAUAUGACAUGUGGAACGUGACUCCUACUGGCCUGCAUGAUUGGGCUAAACUGAAGGAAGCCAUUGCUCUACACGGAAUUCGCAACAGUCUUCUUCUGGCACCCAUGCCGACGGCUAGCACGGCUCAGAUUUUGGGCAAUAACGAAUCCAUCGAGCCGUAUACCAGCAAUAUUUUUGUGCGUCGUGUUUUGUCGGGAGAAUUCCAAGUGGUUAAUCACCAUUUGCUGCGGGACUUGACCAAUCGCGGAUUGUGGAACGAUGACAUGAAGAACGACCUGAUUGCUAAUAAUGGAUCAGUUCAGACGAUCGACGGAAUGCCGGAAGAUCUGAAGCUCCUGUAUCGUACGGUCUGGGAAAUUCCGCAGAAAAGUAUUCUGCAGAUGGCAGCCGAUCGUGGUGCCUUCAUUUGCCAGAGUCAGUCCUUAAAUGUACAUAUUGCUGAGCCAAACUUCGCGAAGCUGACCAGCAUGCAUUUUUACGGCUGGAAUCUGGGUUUAAAAACUGGCAUGUAUUAUUUGCGGACCAAACCAGCUGCCAAUGCGAUUCAGUUUACUGUGGACAAAGAAAAGGCGAGAUCUGCCCAAAAGGCCGGAACUACAAAAGCGAUGAAUAAAGAAAACAUAAUGAAACCGAUGUCUCCUAAGAAGAGCGCGGAGGCAUUGUUGUGCUCGUUGAAAAACAAGGACUCUUGCUUGAUGUGCAGCGGCUAGGCGAAUACUGGCACUCCUUUAACCGUGGUAUUAUUUGACCAAACGACAGCAUCUGCAGUAAUGUCGAUUCUUUGUACUUCUUAAAAUUAGUUUUUCGAUAAUUGUUGUUCUCACAUUUUCGAGUUAUGAGCACGUGUGGUUUUUUAUUGUGUUUAGCCAUGCAUUCAGAAAAUAAUGGCUCGUUUUAGUGUUUAAUCAGUGUAAAUAAUUGUCAAGGAAGAAUGGUUUUCGAAUUAUUGACUUAACUCUUUUGGCUUGUUUAAGUGGUUCAUACACUUGCAGUUAUUAAUAAAUCGAGCAAUCUACUUUAAAA